GGAGGACGAGAUCAUCUGGUGGUGGAGAGGGACCAAGUGGAAGUCUCCGCGGCCAAAAGUGGUUGAAACUGCGCCGCCCUCGAAUCCUCAGCGUCAUCUCAUCCAUCAUCCAUCAUCCACCAUCAACCUUCCACACAUGAAACCUUCCAUCCUUCCUCCAUCAUCACCACUGCCAUCUCCAUCCUCCUUCGUCCUCGUCCUCGUCCUCGGCGUCAUCCUCAUCUCCUCCGACCCCCAACACCGUCUGGAUCUGCGAAAUGUCGGUCUUGCUUUCGUGCCCAGACGGGAAAUGCCCCCUGGAAGUUGAAGCCAUCAUUUCCUUCUCGAAGCUGCCCGCCUGCGCCGCUAGCCCAUCGCUUCAGACGGCCCUCCCCGUCAGCUGCCGUGUCACCAAUACCAAGACUAAAGAGCAUUAGGCCCCAAUUGUGGCACACCCUUUAUUGUGGGAUGACGACUAGAGCCAGGCCCAAUGCAUGCCGCGUGCCUUAUCGAAACCCCCUUUGGUGCCUCGGAGGGUGCCCCCAAUUGCUGAUGCUGACUGACCGGCGGGCACUUUCAGAGCAGGUCGGUCCCGGUCAUGAGGACACAACCUCGACGCCCUCGAUGGAGUACCUGCAGUCACCUUACCUCCUCCGCCGUCUAUGAUCGAUCCUCCGCUGUCGGCUUCGCACCUUGUUAGACGGGCGGUGUGUGGUUCCCGGAAACCUUGUUGCGCCCGUGGGUUCCCAACUCCCCGGUUCCCUUAAUAUUGGCCCAAGGUGAUAUCGCGGUUGAUUGGUUGGCCAGGAUGAUUCCGGCCGGGGCGUGGCGACGUAUCGGCACACGGCUAACCUCCAUCUAACAUGCAAGCAAGGUAUUUUCUUCAGCUCGUGGCUCUCCCCUGAGGCAAUACCCCCUCUGCAGGUCCACUGGACCGUCAAAUCCGUAAGGGCCCCAUGAUUCGUCCAAGAGCUGCUGAGCCUAGCACACGAGUCCCGGUCGCCAGCAAUAUUGGCGGUUUGGCCACAUCCAUCCAGCGUUCCUAACUCUGUUCCCUUCCUCACCACUGGCAACCUUGCAAUGACCUUUCACAGACAGGUGUUCGCAGUCUGAUGCCACUAGACCUCUACCCUCGCCUUCCUAUUCAGCUGCCCAAAUUUAAAACACGACAUGUUGCUCCUUCAUUUUUGAAAAUGCUCGGAUCAACUGUCAGUGCUUUACCUUAUUGUCAACUCUCCUUCCCUCGUGAGAUGGUCCAUGGCUGUCGGUGAAAUCCACCUUUCCAAACAGAUACUCCACGUUUUGCUUGAAGCUGUCAUUGUCCGUCGGCCUGCGAACAACUUUCUGCUGUGCGACCGCUGAGCUGGCCACUCGACUUGGACACCAGACCGCGACUCAGCUGACGUUUCAUCUUUCCCAGUCCCGACCUUGAACCAGCAUUUUCAGCCCAGACCUCCAGUCAUUCCGUCCAGCAGGUGCCUUCAGAUUCUGACUUUGUCCUACACAAUGGAGCUGUCUUGCGAGGACUUCGUGGCCGUCAACGUUCCAGCGAACUUUGAACAACCCGAAGACCUGCAUGAGUACUUCUCGCUGAGGGCGCCGCCGAAUACAAGCAUCUGGCGCAAACCUUCAGCGUCCGAUGACACAAGUGCACCGAUGAUCCUAAAACGAUUACGCCAGUCUUUUAUUCUGGCGGAAGUAACUGUGUCCGCCGACUUCGCCCGGGAAUUUGAUCAAGCCGGUAUCGUCAUUUUCGCUGGCUCGCUUCCUGAUCCUUCAAGGCCAUCAACGGCUGCCGCUCGUCGAAUGUCCCGAUACCAAAGACCGGGAAAUGAAGCUCUGGCAACAGGAAAAUGGGCCAAAGCCGGCCUUGAGUUGAUAGAAGGGGAGCUCCACGCUGCCUCUGUAGUGGCGAUUUCCCCUUGUGGUGCAGACUGGGCUUCUUCAGCACGCUUGCCCUCGCCACCAACACCGUAUGGCUCUUACUCACUCACUUCGCACUCCCUACGCAUCAAACUUGAGCGCGUUGAGGAGUCUCUCUGGAUCUGGUACAAAUUACCGGAUCAUAUUGCUUCCCUUGAGCAGCCGCGUUACCCUUAUCCUGAACUCGAUCCGCGAUACCAGCGCGAACGCAAUCCUGAAGACGUUGCAUCCGGCUGGAGGAAGAUGCGUGAGAUCAUGGGCUUCUUUGGUGGCGGACUGGAACACCAGAAGGCCACGGUCUGGGUCGGAUGUUAUGCAAGCAGACCGAUGGAAUUCGAACCCCGGCAUAACUGGGAGACAGUUGAUGGGUUGGUUGCGGAGUUUGAGGACUUGGAUAUCCUAUGAUCUAGUGUGCUAUAUUUCCAACUCAUUGGGUUGGACAAAUGGACUAGUUGGGAUUGCGACUAUUCAGACAAUUCUCGGCGAUUCGAAUGCCCAGAGGUUAUGGACUGGGCUAGAUCUGAGAAGUCGACUUUUUGGAUCUUGGCGUCGCAAUGAUUCAGGUUGAUUUGUGCCAACUGGACAGCAGACGAGACAAGGAGACACGAGACAGGAUCACCAUAAUCGCACCAGCAGCAGAUUGGUGCACUAGUCACAGAGGAGAAAGAAGAAGAACCAUGAUUUGAGAGCUUCCCGGGCUUCGUCUACCGAUGGUAACCGAACGCAGCAUGGGGCACGAAUAGGAAAGGAAUGGCCAGGGGACCUUGGGCAAGAAGGGGUGACAAUACCAAUGCAUGUCUUUAGGUUUUCGAACCGGGCGCUUUUGAUCCCUGCAGAGGUUAGGAGGCGGACUACAAGAGGCGAGGAUAUGAAUUCAGGAAGUUUGGAGUAUGCUGUCGAAGGACAAGGAAGCCUUUCGACCUGGUCAUUGAAAAUCUCGUUUCCUUUUAUCAGAGAAUGUCGGCCUUGCGGCGGUAAAGGAUGGACGGACUGGGCAACCAGAAAAGGUCGGUUUUCUACAGGGACCGAUAUAGGGUUGGGCGACGAAGAUAGACUGGGAUGGAAGAGAUUUGGCUAGAUUCAUCUGCCCAGAAGCAACAGCAUGGCCGGUUCUAGAUAGUUAUGUGCCUAUGACACGAGCGCAUGUAAUUGAUGACGCAUAAUAUAUCCAGCAGAUUUCCAAGAC